AUGUCAAUCCAAGGUGUCAUUGAAUUUGCUCUUCAUUUAGAAUCUUUUCGCAACGUCGACUUAUUCCGUCAGGGGCUUUAUGGCCUUCGUUUUACACUAUACUACACGUUUGAUGACGAAAAAAACUUCGCCUUCCCUUACAGUACAAGUUCAAGCAUUUAUCCAUCCUCAAAUCCCGACCCUUAUUUUAUCGAAGAAAUGCGGACACAAGAUGUCUCAGUCGAGUCUCGCAAAUUCCUCCUCCGAUUUUGCGAAGAAGUCGUCGAUUUCAACGAAACUAUAUAUUUCAGAGCUGAAAUGGAAAUUAAAGAAGACUUCAAACAACAGAAUUUCAAAUUGCACACAGAAUUACUAUUUGGAGACUUAAAAGGAAAACUAACACCAGAAGAGGCGACCCAAGCUGUAAUAGAUGGGCUGGAAAUUGUGACUUUAUCUGAAGUUGAUUAUGUUUUAUCCUUCCCAAAAGGUUUCAAGUCCAGUUAUUUUCCUGCUAUAUUUGAUGAUGACCAUAGCUCAAUUUUAAAGGCAACUUUACAUUACACUUUGCUUGAUUACCACUUUAGAGGGAACGGGCAAAGUGAAAUAAAAAAAUCCAAUGAUAUCAGCCAGAGCUUGAGUGAAUAUUUAUUUAAAUCAAAAAAUGGAGCAUCAAAAACAUAUGCGGGCAUGGCUGAAACUGAUAUGAUUUACAAUAAUUUUAUGAACCCACUUGUAAAAAGCUAUGAAAAAUUAAGAGAGCAUUAUAUGCUGAUAGCAGGAAAAUUUUUUAAUGAUAAAGAAAGGGAUAAGUAUGGAAUAAUAGCUGUUCCAGAAACUUUGAAUAUGCCGGGAAACGAUUUGCAAGCGCUUUCUCCUAAUUCAAAAGAAAGAAAAGAGACUUUACACAGGUCAGCGCUUUCUACUGAAGAUAACGAAGCUGAAGAUGAGAUUGGGGAAGAAAAAAUUAAUGAAGAAUCUCCUUUUAGCAGCAGAGUAGCGUCGCAUGACCCAAAAGUUAUAGCCACAGCGAUGCUGAUGGAACUAAAUACAGUUUCUGGGCAGCUCUUCCAGCUUUGGCAUCAAUUUUUAGACAUUUUAGAAAAAUCUAAAACAGUUUCAUCUAUUUUAUCAGAAAAAAGACAAAUUUUAUACAGACAAAAGCUAAGCAAUUUUUUGAUUAGAAGAGUCAUGAGGUCAAAAGACCUAGGAAUGGUCGCUGACGAGUCAAAAAAUGAGCAAAUGCUCAGAAGUGUUAACCAAAAAAGAUAUGAAAUUACAAACAGCAGGCAAAAGCUUCCUCAUAUUUAUGAUGAAUUUACUUUUGCUGACUUCCAAAAUUACCCAAUAUUGGUUGAAGAACUUUCAUUAUUAGACGCCUCAAUUCCUAACGGAACUCUUGAGCUUGCAGGUAUUGAUUCAUCAAUGCUUUCAAAAAAUAGGAAAAAUUCUGGGCUUUCUUCCCAUAUAAUUGUAUUUGUGCAUGGGUAUCAAGGAAGAUCUAACGAUUUGAGAAUCUUAAAAAACAGGAUAAGUUUGGCUUUUCCUAAUACUUUUUUGUUUUCUUCAGUUAGUAAUGAAGAAAAUACAGAUUUAUCAAUAGAAGAGCUGGGCCAGAAAUUGGCUGAUGAAGUUACUGUGUAUAUAGAAGAAUUUUUGACCUAUAAGCCUAUAGGGAAAAUUAGCUUUAUUGGUCAUUCUUUGGGAGGUUUAAUAAUUAGAGCAGCUUUGCCUCUUUUGUCAAAUUAUACAAGCUAUAUGCAUUUGUUUAUGACCCUUUCGUGCCCUCACUUAGGCGUAAUUGAAGGGAGCAAUAGUGUUUUGAAAGCUGGGAUGUGAAUAUUAAAAAAAGUAAAAAAAUGCCCAAGCUUUAAAGAGCUCACAUUUACAGAUAAAGAAAAUGUAAAAGAUGGGCUGAUUUAUAAGCUUUCUGAAGGAGUAGGCUUAGAUUGGUUUAGCCAUGUGAUUUUGAUAAGUUCACCCCAAGAUCAUUAUAUCCCACACUAUUCAGCAAGAAUUGAGGCUCCUACAAGUUUGGAGCAUUCAAAGAUUUUGAGGAAAAUGGCCAAAAGAUUAUUGGGCAAAAGAGAAAGAAUUCAUAGAAUUGAUGUACAUUAUAAAGUUGAUGUAAAAACUUUUGAUCAGUGGAUUGGAAGAGCAGCUCAUAUUGAGUGUUUGGAAAAUAAUAAGUUCAUGGAUAGUCUUAUAUAUUUACAUCCUGAACUGUUUUGCUAA